CUACAAAGCGCAACAUCAAUCCUACCAGAGUCCCCUGACAGGUCCUUCCCUCGCAGCUCGACUGUCCCUCCUUUCAUUGCUGCCCCCUCAAAGUACGGUAGUUCAGCCAGAAAUGCACCAACAUGAUGACGUAUCGAGACUCAACGCCACAUCGCUUUGUCACAGUAGGUGACUAUUCAGGCCUGGAACCGGUGUCGUCCCCUGGGCUUGAGCCGGUCCAUCAUCUUCAGGAAGAGCACUACAGCCGGCAGGCUUGGAUCGAGCCCACGGCAGCGGCCAGUCCGCCAGACGAGCCAUAUCAGAAGAUCCUCGGGCUGCCAGUGCGUGCCUUUUGGACCAUCGUCAUCCUCUUGGUAGUUGUCCUUGCUGGGGCCAUUGGCGGUGGUGUCGGCGGCGGCCUAGCAGCGCGAAGUUCGGCGAGUCCAUCAACGCCCACGCAAACACCCCUCUCAUCCGCUCGCGCAUCCGACUCCCCACCAUCCUCCUCAACAACAAUAACACCACUGACAAUUAACACCGCCUCAACAUCCACCACCACCAUCACCGGUACCGCGACAUCCCUCCUAGGUGCUACCUCCCCCGCCCCAACAGACGAAGGCUGCCCGAGCAUCAAUGGAACAUCCUACACACCCACGGGCGCAACAGGCCAGGCGCUACCGCUAGACUCCUUUGGGCUGGACGGUCAGGCGCAGCAGUUCCUGCGGCUGUGCGACACCAACUGGCCGGCGGGCGCCAGCUACGGCAACCCCGGCGUGCACGACAUCAUGAAAGUGUACCUGCCGAGCCUCGAGGCGUGCAUCGCGGCGUGCGCCGAGUGGAAUGCCAACUAUGAGAGGAACCGGGCGGAGGGGAUCGGUGUCAUGAAGGGGGAAGAGGGGUUGUGUCGGGCUGUUAGUGUUGUUAAGGCGGGUAAGCCAUUCUUUUCCUACAUGUAGACUUCUGUUGUUUCCUUUUUGGUGUGGUGGGUUUUGUUUGAUGGAGGCUGGUGAUGAUUGACUGACUGACGGCGGCUUCUUUUGUAGCGGGCGAGUACUGCUAUUUGAAGAAUAGUACGGGCAAGGUCGACACAUUUGGAGCCCCAAAGAGCUUUUCGAGUGCGCUGCUUUAUAU